CGAGUGAUCAGAAAAGAGCAUCUCAAAAGAGCUGCUUUUUAAGAAGUUACGUGGGUUCCUACAAUUGUCAUUUGGAGUCCAGGGUGCAAAGAGAUAGCGCACGAAUUUUGUGGCUAUAUUAUUUUUGGAUGCAAUUAUAAUCAACUUCUACCAAUUAAUUUAUUCAAUAGGUGACCAAUUAAUUUUCAUAAUGACAUCCAGAUUUGCAAUCGUUAAACCGGCUCCUCCUGUCGAAAUGUUUGCUUUAAAUAAAGCGUGUGAAGAAGAUGUUUUCCCAGAUAAGGUCAACUUGUCGAUUGGAGCUUAUCGAAGUGAAGAAGGGAAACCGUGGGUUUUACCUGUUGUCAGAAAAGCUGAAACAUCUAUAGCUGAAGAUGAAACCUUAAAUCAUGAAUAUCUUGGCCAGCUGGGACUGAAAGAGUUCACCAAAGCUGCUACCAGAUUGUUACUCGGAGAAAAUAGCCCAGCUAUUAAAGAAAACAGGGUACUAGGUGUACAGGCUUUGAGCGGAACUGGUGCAUUGAGACUUGGAGCUGAUUUUCUAGCAACUAGCGCGCAUUUUACAGAUUACUAUCUAUCGGAUCCUACCUGGCCAAAUCAUCCAUAUAUCUUUAGGAAUGCUGGAUUUAAACAUUGCCAUACUUACAGAUAUUGGAAUCCUUUAGACAAAGCUUUGGAUUUCAAAGGAAUGCUUGAAGAUUUGGAAAAUGCGCCCGAAGAUUCUGUUGUCGUUCUCCAUGUUUGUGGACACAACCCUACUGGCGUCGAUCCAACACAAGAAGAGUGGAAGCGAAUUGCUGAUGUAAUGGAGAAGAGGAAACUAUUUCCAUUCCUUGAUUGCGCUUAUCAGGGUUUUGCUUCUGGAGAUCUGGAAAGGGACAGUUGGCCCGUUCGCUACUUUGUCCGUCGUGGAUUUGAGCUUUUCUGCGCCCAAUCUUUUGCAAAAAACUUAGGUUUAUACAAUGAAAGAGUGGGCAAUUUGACGGUAGUAGUAAAGGAUCCAGCGGCUCUGGCCAAUAUAGAAUCCCAGGUGACUUUUCUGGUGAGAGGGAAUUAUUCUAACCCACCCUGCCAUGGUGUUAGAAUUGUUACACGAAUUCUUAACGACCCAACUUUAUUUGCUAAAUGGCAAGAACAGAUGACAGAAAUGUCUGGGCGAAUAAUCAAAAUGAGAGCUAUUCUCAAGCAAAAAUUGGAUGAAUUGGACACACCAGGAAAGUGGAAUCACAUAACUGCGCAGACUGGAAUGUUCUCAUAUACAGGCCUAAACCCGCUGCAGGUGAAAUACCUUAUUGAAGAGCACCACAUUUAUCUUGCCCAAAGUGGACGGAUCAGUAUUUGCGGACUGAACUCGAAGAAUGUGGAUUACGUCGCCAGAGCUUUUCAUGACGCUGUAACGAAAGUCUCUGAAACUACAAGUUCCUGUUUCAUGAUUUAAACUCUUACGUAAUUUUAGUUGUUUCAUACUUCCCGAAAUCUAUUAUGGACCUUAGAUCCAACUAUCCAUGAUCAGAGCUUUAAAGAGUGAGGGGAGUAUGUCCAACCUCCAGAAUUCAUGGUCUUUAGAUAAUCAAAAACAAGAAAUAAGAUUGUGAUGUUGGGUUGUUCACGAACUCCUAUCUUCUCUCAGAAAUUUUUUUAGCCGUGUCUCUGCCCAUGACUAAAGUCCUAGAUUGCAGUUUAAGUAGCGACAACGUCCGCCAUCUUGGGGCUAAACGCCGCUUUCUUCUGAUGUCUGCUAUGAUGAAAUAGCGUGUUUCGUGUCUUGAUUUUGGUUUAUUAUUAACUCCAUAUAAAUCCAGAAUCAAAAAGAAAACACGCUACUUCAUCCUAGCAAACAUCAGAAGAAAGCGGCGUUUAGCCCCAAGAUGGCGGACUUGUCACUACUAUGUACGCUACUAUCCGUAUGCUACUAACUGAAGCAACUGAACUCAAGGAGGUGAAAGAAAUGCCUCAAGUCAACAUUUAUAAGUUAACUAUUGCAAAUGGUGAAAGGAACUGACUUCUGUUUUAGGGUAAGAUAUGGUACUUGCAGCCCUGGUAGGGGCCACUGUAUAACAUGCUUUCGGAAACUUUUAAAUGAAAGUUUACAUAAUGUUUGAACUUUGCUCGCACUUAACUCAAAACUUAAAAAAGUCCGCUCACAUACCUGUUUCUCAUUGCCUCAUAUCUUCACAAAUGAAUAAAUAGGUUCAGAUGAAAGGUCCUUAGAACAAUGAAAAUACUAACAAAACUCAAAAAAUUGAAAGAAAAAAGAUGCUUUCUUUACUGUUUAUUAGGUCAACAGUUUGUUUUAAUUCGAAAAGGUGCUUUUUAUUCGUAAUACGUUAAACGCUAGGACUCUUGGAUGAGGAAGGGGGAGGGGGGAGUGAAACUGUUUAAACUCAGUUAAUCUCUUGCCUUUAAUCCAUCAUCUAUGAAAUAAUCAUCUCGGUUUAAACUUAAUCUUUUUAAAAUUUGAUCAUGAAGCUUGAUACGUUAAUGAAGUUUUAUCACACUGAUUGAUUGCAUUUAAAUAUAACAUUAACAGUCAAAAUAAAAAAUAAAAACAAUGUUAUAUAAUUGAUACCGGGUAAUUGUAGGGCAUCGUUUCCCAUCCGGUGGUUCGCAAACCCCUGUUGGUUCGCAAGAGGUAUUAAGGGGGUUCGCGAAAAUAUUCAUCAUUUAUUCAUUUUUCUUUCACAUUUGAUACUCUUUGAAUGAAAAUGUUAGCUUACUUGCUGACAUUUUUCGUGCAUUUAAAGAAUUAAAUCUGCCCUUAGAAAGCAAAAAAAUCACCGUUAUUAUUGAGCAUAAUAGAAUGAAAGCAAUGCCGUAAAAUGUUCAACUCUUGAAUAUAAUGUAUUCACUCGAAAGCAUAUGAAUGCUUUGGGGUUCUAAUAAAUAACGUCGCAUUUUAUUCCGUACUUAUAGCAUGGAUCAGACAGAAAAAAUUCUACAGCUUUGAAACUAUUAAACCACACAUUACAUCCUUAUUAAAAAACUGCACCCGUAGUCCCUUUCAAGAAAUCUUACAUUUAGAUGCCUAUGACUGAAUUUGCCUUUUUUACUGAAAGAAGAAAUGUCAUUUAGUCAAUCUGAUAUAGUUCUGUAAAAGGUAUAUGAGAAAGAUUAUUCUUUAAUUUACCUCUGCAUCAAUUUUACAGAUUAUUAGUAUUGUUGUGUCAGAAAAACCUAUUUCAAAUUUUAUUAUCCUUUCGGACAACGUUUCUAUAACAGGUUUUCGAAACAUACAGAGAUAUGUACAUAAGCAAAUUUAAUGCUGAAUCUAAUGUAAGACUGAAGCUGCCCGAUAACUUUAAGCUUCUUUGUUUUGGAACUCUUCCAGUUUAUGAGUUUUUUCAAAGUUGACUGAAGAUUAGCAAUGAAUAAUCACAGAGUUCUGAACUUGUUAAAUUUAUUUUGCAUUAAUUUUAGUUUGUAGCAAUGUUUGCAGUUUAUAUUUUACAAUUAUAUUUUCGUUCUUGCAAUGAACUAUAGAGCAAAAUCCACCAAAACAUUCUCCCAAAUUUUUUUGGGUGCUUGCGUUUUCCUUUUUCACUGCUGUAGGGCAAUGCAUUUAUUGGCACUACCUUCUUCCUAAUCACAAUUCCCAUCCGGCCCGUCAUUUCAAAGUUUUCCCGUGUGUGUGUGUGUGUGGGGGGGGGGGGAGACAAUGGGCAUAUACUCAAUACAUUUUAUUGGAAAAAGCACCAAAAUACACAAUCACAUUAUGUUUUUUGAUAUCCAUUGGGGGGGGGGAUUACCCUCCCCCCCAGAUCGCCCAAAUGACGGACCUGUUUCCCAUCAAGAGUGCUGAACUGUACCCGUUCUCACAUGCCCCUUGAGAAAAAUAUGACCAUCAGGUUGGAUUGUGAAACUAGGCUUCUCGCAAAAGAGGACAAUGUUUGUACAUACCUUCUCUAACGUUUAAAGUUGGAAAAAAUGUAUUUUAGCGAUAUGAGUUUAAAAUCACUCUUAUGUCUUCAAAACAAAAGUAACUUUGUAAACAUUUAUCAGAAGAAAAUAUCUUUUUGUCGAUUUCUCCAGUGUUCUAGUUUUUCGGAUUUAAUCGAUUUACUAUUUGUACAGAAUUACAUUGUAUUGAAAAAACGUGAUUUAACUAUGAUACUUCAGCACAGAAAUUGAAAUUGAUUUCUUUGUAUGUUCAAGCACGAUAAUUUCAUUUUUUUACGACUGCGUAUAGCAAGACAACCUUACGUAAAUAUUGAUGUUUUUGCAAGUAAUUCAUGUUCCACGAAUGGAUGGAGCAUAUGAAUACACAUAGAAACAGCAAAAUUAUGUCACCCUUGGCAAUUAUGAAAAAUGUCUACGUUAGAGUAUUUUCUAUUAUAGCAUCACACAAAACUGGGUUCAGACUGAACGACAUGUUAUACCUUUCCGGUUUUGAACACUUGGUUGUGAAAAUAUGUCUGAAUUCGUGCCAGCUUACAUAGUGUCUUUCUGUUUUAUUUCUUCUAUUGAAAGGAUUUAUGAAGACAGUGAUUAUAAUCAGGGAUGCAAAUAAUCAGGGAUGCAAUCCCCCCCCCCCUCUCUCUCUCUCAGACAUGUAUUCAAAGAAAAAAAAAAGAGGCCAUUUACCAAAUAAUUCCUUUUUCAGUCUUUUUAGCUUCAUUAGUCAGUUUAUUUACGGAAAAGAACAAAUAGUAACUAUACUUAAUUUUGCCUGAAACUCUCAAGAAAUAAAGUUUUCUUACUUAUAUAAAACCAACUAAAUAAGAAAAAUACUAACGAAAGGUCACAAAAUUUUUUGUGAUUAAUAAAUCAUUAAUCUUUGAUUAUUUUCUUGAAAAUAUGUGAUUCUUUAUUACUAUGCAUAUUUUAAAAAAAAAAAAAUUAGGAGCCCCUUAUGAAGAUGAAGCCUCAGGUACAGGACUUGUUGGCCUGUGCGUUAAUCAGGCUCUGAAUGGAAGUUUACCAUUCCUAUUGUUUAGGUCUUACUGUUUUAGUCUUCAGAUGUAGCUGCAGCCAUUAUUUACAUAACUAAAACGAAAUUUUACCAAGUAGAUUUUAUUGUUCUGUACACACACCCUUUGUCUUCUGCCAAAUACAAUUAUUCCAACAAGA